AUGGGCUGCUUUGGAGGCUGCGAUAAAGACGAUGGGAAGAAGGAGCACGAUAUCCGACAAGGGCCAAACCAAAAGCGAGGAUGCACGGAUAUCCUUUGUGCGCUCUUCUUCAUGGCUUUCGUGGCAUUUUGGAUUGCGAGUGGUAUCAUGGCAUUCCAGUCUGGAGACCCAAUGAUGCUUAUUUAUCCCACUGACUCGUAUGGAAACCUCUGCGGCGACCCAAACAACAACUACACUAGUGAAAAACCUUACUUGAUGUAUUACGACAUUACUGCAUGUGGCAAUGUUGGUGACACUGUUGUAAACAACGGUCAAUGCGCGACGCACCAGUCCUGCAGAGCCGAAUGCCCGUCGGAGUUCUGGUCAUAUUGGACUGAUGCGUAUCCUCUUAUCACUGCUCAAGAGGCUGUGCUUGUAGGUGCAGGUCAAGACCCCAAUGCGAAUCCAAUCUUAAAUUGUGCCACUUCCGCGGACACUGUUGGUUGCGUUGAUUUCACCAAGUUUAUUUGCAAAAAACAGUACCAAUCGGUAAUCAACAAUAUCGUUUCUGGUACAACGAGUUUGGCCGAGGCGAAAACUCAGCUUGAAGAGUUGAUUGAGUUUGGAGACUGUGCCGAGUACUAUGUUCCAUCCACUCCAGUCCAGCAUAGAUGCAUGCCAGGAGUUCCAGGAGUUGACGAGGAUGAGUUUGCGGCUAAUAUUUCAGCAAACACCAACGCUACGGAAGAAGGCCUCAUCGAAGGAAUAAAUGGACUUGCUAGCAAUGCCGCAAGCGAAGCAUUCGACAUGGCCAUGGCUGACAUUCAGACCACGUACCCCGUCAUUCUCCUUGGCCUUUCUCUCGCCAUGGUUGUUUCUUUCACCUGGAUCUUUUUGAUGCGCUUCUUCGCAGCUGUCAUUAUCUGGGUCAUGAUUUUUGGCUUGUUUGGUGUCCUUGCUUUUGGAACUUACUACUGCUACACUCAAUACGCACUUCUAAAGGGCAUGGAAGUUGUCGGAGCAAGUUUGACUGCUGAUUAUAUUGGAGGUAUGGCCCAGGCAUCAGGAACAGUCGAACUUUGGCUCGCCCUCUUCAUCAUCGCUUGCAUUCUUCUCGUUGUCUUCACCGUCCUCUUGCUCUUCUUCGCCAAGCGACUCCGAAUCGCUACGAGAAUCAUUGGAGAGGCGUCAAAGGCUAUUGGAAAGAUUAUGAGCUCCUUAUUCUUCCCUCUCUUCACCGGAGUCAUGUACAUGGCUGUCACUGCUUACUUUGCUCUUACCUCCGCAUACAUCGCUACCAGCGCUGAAGCCAAAUUUCAUCUUGAAAACAGAACUUCUGAAGUCAACAAUUCCGUCCUUUCCAUUCCCUGCGAUAUUCACGACUGGAACAGUGAAGACCACGAGCACUACGACAAUCCCAAUGUUACUUGCGUCUUUGACAAAUACGUCGGAAACUACGCCUGGACAAACGAGACCGUUUACGUUCAUUUGGUCAACCUCUUCGGAUUUUACUGGAUGAUGAACUACAUCACCGCUCUUGGCCAGAUGACUCUCUCCGGCGCCUUCUCUCACUGGUAUUUCACCAUGAAAAAGUCCGAUCUGCCUGCAUUCACUCUCUGGGCUUCCUUCAAGCGUACUUUCUAUCACAUCGGAACUAUGGCUUUCGGAUCUCUUAUCAUCGCCAUCAUUCAGAUCAUCCGAACCAUCCUCAACUAUAUCGAGCGAAAAACAAAGAAAGGAAACAACAAAUUCCUCAAGGCAAUCAUCUGUAUGUGCAAAUGCUGCAUGUGGUGCCUCGAAAACGUCUUCAAAUAUAUCAACAAAAAUGCUUAUAUUCUGACCGCAAUGUACGGUUAUAAUUUCUGUAAAGCUUCAUGCAAGGCUGUCAAGCUAAUUAUCGCAAAUGCUGCUCGCGCCGCUGCCAUUCUUGGCGUCACAACAGUUCUCCUUUUUAUUGGCAAAUUCGUUGUUGCUGCUGGAUGCGCUUCCUUCACCUGGGCCUUCUUUGCUGGACAGUUUGGCGAUGCUGAGACUAACAGCUUCGUCCAGUUCAUGAACUCCGAUCCCGACAAAAUCAACUACAUCUGGUUCCCCACUGUCAUCACCUUCAUUGGUUCCUACGUCAUCGCAGUUGGCUUCUUCAAUGUCUAUCAGAUGGCCAUUGACACCAUUUUCCUCUGCUUCUUGGAAGAUUUGGAGCGAAAUGACGGCUCUGCUGAGAAGCCGUAUUUUAUGAGCAAGUCCCUGAUGAGUCUCCUUGGCAAGAAAAACAAAACCACUGGCGACAAAGAACUGAAGAAGAUGUAA